UCCUUCUCACCUGCUUAAGUCUGGAUUUAUUUUAGAGACAAAUCUGGGUUUUAUUAAUCUUGAAGGAUUUUGCACCUGGCUCCUUGAUCCUGACCUGGUUAAUUUGGUUUUUUAUUUUUGUUGUUGUUUUUUAUUGGUACUGAAGCAUUUUACCUCUGGCUUCUUAAUCCUGACCUAAUAAAUUUGGAUUUUUUUGGACACAAAUCCAAUUUUUUUUUGGUCCUGGAUCAUUUUCCUCCUGGCUCCUUGACCCUGACCUGGUUAAUUUGGAUUUUUUUGGACACAAAUUGGAUUUUCCUGGCUGCCACCAUGCCGGGCUGGUGGCUGCUGCUGGCUCUGCUGUGCCACCAGCUGUGUCCCCGCGCGGUGACCGCGGCCAGGAAGGACAGGAGGGGCAGGAAGGAGCACCCAGAGCCCCUGAACGCCUCCCUGGCCAACAGCGAGGAGCAGCCCAAGCUCCCGGAGGCCGCGGACGCGCGGAUCACGGACCCCCGCAGGACCUGGAUCUCCUUCGUGCACCGCCCGGACGACGGGAAAAACUCCAAGAGGAGAUGCAAAGGGAAGGAAAAAAAAUUGCGAGGCCUGGUGGGGCCUCCAGGGCCUCCUGGGCCUCAGGGACCUCCAGGAGCUCCUGGGGCUGAAGUCACCAGGGAAGUUCUUCUGCAGGAGUUCAAGGAGAUCUUGAAAGAAGCCAUGGAGCACAGGGCCUCCCUGGCCAUCUCAGCCCACCCCAGCCAGCUGCCCCCGCUGCUGCUGUCCCUGGAGGAGGUCCCGUCCCAGCGGCGCGUGGAGGAGGCGUUCCACUGCAAGCUCAAGGGCCAGGUGCUGGUGGACAAGAAGACCUUGGUGGAACUCCAGAAUUUCCAGUCGCCCGUGGCCAAGGGCGCGUUCCUGCGGGGCUCGGGGCUGAACCUGGCCACCGGCCGCUUCACCGCCCCCGUGGGCGGCAUCUACCAGUUCUCAGCCAACGUCCACAUCGACCACAGCGAGCUGAAGAGCAAAGUGCAGCUGCGAGCGCGGGACAGCGUGCGGGUGCUGAUCUGCAUCGAGUCCCUGUGCCACAGACACACGUGA